GGAGUUCUACUACAUCCAAAUGGAGAAAUACGCGAGACAAGCGGUUUCGGAGGGUGUGAAGAACGUCGACGACCUUCGAGUCGGUGGUGACUCGGAAAUUUAUCGGGUUCUCAACCUCCACUACAACCGAAACAACCACAUCGAGGUACCGAGCAACUUCAGGUACGUCGUCGAGCAGACGCUGAAGGAGUUCUUCAAGGCGAUCCAGGGCGGCAAGGACACCGAGCAGAGCUGGAAGAAGUCCAUCUACAAGGUGAUCUCGAGGCUGGACGACCCGGUGCCGGAGUACUUCAAAACCCCGAACUUCCUGGAGCAGCUCGAAUGAAUCAGGAGGUCGCGUGGCUCUUGCUCUUCGUGGUGCGCGGGCUCAUCAGCGCUCGUCGGCUCCAGGUAAACAAAUAAACCAAAACAAACGGAAACAGAGAGAAGAAGGAACGGCCAGCGAGGAAGGAUCGCAUCCGUCAGGAGGUACACGUCCUUCGCGUGAAGCCGCGUUCAGGUAUCCUUAAACUAACAUAUCGCAGAACGGGCGUGAGAGAGAGAGAGAACGUGCGAGAGCGUUUAGGGGAGAUCAACGAAGGAAGAAACCGAAGAUGCAGCGCUCCGGAUGCGCGAAUCGCCGGCGCGUGAUCGAGGGAAGAACCGAAACACUCGACGCACGAAGGCAUCAUCGAUCUUCUCGCCAAGGGACGAUGAGGAGUGCCGACGAAGGAUCAGGCUGUGACCUAAUCACGAGACGCGAACGUCCCCCGCGCGAGACGGGGGUGGAUCGUUGCUUUUAUUCGUAGCUUCGUGCCUUCGAUUCCUCGCCGAGCGUCCCCGUGUCUCGGCAACCUCGAGUUAACUAAACACGUCGAGGCUGCGGAACCGGUCCACCCUGUUCUCGUCGCGGGCGGACAUCAACCGAUAUAUAAAAAAUUAAAAGAACGACGGUCUUGGGAGAAAUGCGAAGAAAACAGGACGAUAGAGUGGUCAACGAACGGCAAGGAUUAAACACACACACUCACACACAUUAGCUUCGAGCGACGAGUAUAGUUUGGAUUUGUUGCGUACGGUUCAAGUUUACCGCCUAAUUUCUAAGAACACUCUCGUUUCCGGGACUAGGGACGUAAGGAACGCUUCGAACCGCGAGCGAAGACCGAGCGACGGCUUGAAACGCGCGAGGAUCGACGAUGUUUUACGGUACUGUUUGUCCAUGUUCUCGAAGUGCCGAUAAUUAUUGUCUAACGGCGGGAGCGAGAUCCGCUGGACGGAUCCUCCGCAGCUUCCGGUUGAGAGGCAGAAGAGGAGCCCUUCUCGUGGAUCUUCGGGAACGACUCGCGAUCGAACGCGUCGACUUUCGUCGCGAGUCGUUCCGUGCGCGCAAGAAACAACGAUGGCCAGUUUCGCACGGUAUUUUCGUCAACGCUGUACCUCGUGGUUUUUCUUUUUUCAACGGACCUCGUGUAUCGUCCUCGCGCGCAGCAAUCGCGUCGCUCGAUCGUCGUCCCCGGAAACCAUGUUUUCUUUCUAGCGCGCUCGCAACGACGAGCAGAGACUCGCUCCCGACGCGUCGCUGCGAGCGGAUUC